AUGGAAAUUGCUUGUAACCAAUUUAAACUGUAUUCUAAUCUCAUUUUAAUGACAUUUUUUCAAGCUUAUAAAUUUUUUGUUCAUAGACAUGGCGAUUGGGUUCAGUUUUUAAUUGCAACAGACACUAGAGAUCAAUUAAAACGAGCAACAGAAAUAUCAUUAUUGCCAGAAUCAUUUACUGUGUCGGGUGAGAGACGAGAACAAGGUAUCAUUGCGGCAUUAAAAGACGGUUUUGGGUUUAUAAGAUGUGUUGAUCGAGAUGCUAGACUAUUCUUCCAUUUCAAUGAAGUUCUCGAUAUCGAUAGAGAGAUAGCUGUAGGUGAUGAAGUGGAAUUCACUGUGAUACAAGAUCCUCCGACUUUCUUUUCAAAUACUCGUCAAAGUGCGAUUCGACUGAAACAUUUACCAUCUGGCACUGUUCAAUUUGAAACUGUUACCGAAAGUGAUUUAGUAGGAACUGUUAUACAAGAUAUCUCCGGUAUGGACCCUGGAUUGAUUGGAUAUACAAAAAAUGGACAGCAAAAUAAUAUUAUUUUCUUUACUAAAGAUUGUGAUUCUAAAGUUAUUCCAAAAUUGGGUGACAAAGUAAAAUUCAGUAUCUGUCAAGUAAAAAGAAAUAAAGAAUUAGUAGCAGUUGACAUAUCACUAUUGGAUGUAAAGGAAGAAAAGGCAGAAAAUGCAAAUAAUGUAAAUGGUUUAGAAUGUCAAGGUUUCAUCGCUGCGCUUAAGGAUGGUUUUGGUUUCAUCGAAACUUUCAAUCACGAGAGAGAGAUAUUUUUUCACUUUAGUACAUUCGAUGGAGAUGCCAGUACUUUAGAAGUUGGCGCUGAAGUUGAAUGCACAAUCGGAUCUGGUAAUAGUCGUAGUACUGGAGGAUGCACUGCGGCUGAAUCUGUUCAUAUUGUGCCACGUGGCACGAUUCCCCGUGCUGCAAUAGUUAGUGAAGUAUUAGAUGGAACUGUUAUUCGACCGUUACGAAGUGCGAAUCCUGAGCAAUCCGAGUAUGCUGGAAUGAUAAAAUUAAGUGUGAUCACUGACGAAAAUAAUGCAAAAAAAUAUGAAUUUGGUAUUAUGGGCUUAUUAAAUAAACGGGAGCUAUUGCAAACGGGUGAUCCAGUACAAUUUCAAGUUGACUCUGAAGGCCAUGCUUGUAAUAUCGUAGCUGUUCGUAAAAAACGGAUAGCUACAGUAGACGCAGUUAAAGGGGCUUUUGGCUUCCUUACUUAUGAAAUUGACGAUGGAAAAAAGCUAUUCUUCCACAUGACUGAAGUUAAAGAUCAUACAACACUUCAGCCGGGUGAUCAGGUAGAAUUCGUUCUUGUGACAAACCAAAGGACAGGAAAAUCAUUUGCUUGCAAUAUUACACGUCUAAGUGGUGAAUCUGUACAACAACGGCCGGAGCGUUUAAUCAGUCGAUUACGCACUAUUUCAUUGGAAGAUGCAGGACCGAAAUUGACAGUAGUAAGGCAACCAAAAGGACCAGAUGGUACGCGUGGUUUUAGUUACGAUCGUUCACAACAUAUAUCUGGUAUUAUCGAGGAAUAA